UGUCUACCGAUAGGCACGAAGUUUCGCUAAAGGCGUAUCAUCUCUAACUGCUUCCUGUUUUUUUUAGGGAAAAAUAACAAAAUAUAAACAAAUGAAAAUUAACCAUAAAUAUGAAUUUGACGACGAUGUUGCCUCUAUUUGCGAGUCAACGGCCGCCCUUACCGAGGGAUGUCGUUUGCCAGUCAGGAUGCAUAAAACGGAUGACUGGCCGCUGGCCGAGAUUGUGAGCAUUAAGGAGCUAGAUGGACGCCGGCAAUUCUAUGUGCACUAUGUUGACUUUAACAAGCGCCUGGAUGAGUGGGUCAACGAGGAGGACCUGUACACGCGGAAGGUGCAAUUUCCGCGGAGGGACGGCUCCCAAACAGGCACCAGCACCGGAGUGACCACUCCCCAGCGCCACCAUUCACUGGCGGGCAGCGUUUCUCGGCCCACAUCGCCGCAACAUCCUGGUUCUGUUGCGCUGACAGCCAUUCAGUCGACUCCCAGCAGUGCAGCGGGAAUUGUUCCUCCGGUUGGUCCAUCAAACUCAGUGGCUCCUCCCGGGACGCCAAGCAGUGGUGGAGAGCUCGUUAAUGGCAACAACCUAGCAGCAGCCCUCCAGAAACGAAUCAAUCGAAAGCGGAAAGUUCACGGAGGAUCAGCGCAUGGGCACCACAGUCUGCAAGUGCAAUCGCAACAAUCACAUCCGCAUCCCACAACUCCACAGACGCCCACGUCAACACCAGUACACGUGACAGGCGAUGGUUUGAUAAGUGCAGCGGCCAACGAAGAUGGCGAUGGAUCGCAGGAUGGUAAGACACCCACGCCAAGGCAAUCGGGCAGCAUGGUGACGCACCAGGACGACGUUGUGACGCGCAUGAAAAACGUAGAGAUGAUCGAGCUUGGAAGGCAUCGCAUUAAGCCAUGGUAUUUCUCGCCCUAUCCGCAAGAGCUGUGCCAAAUGUCUUGCAUCUACAUCUGUGAGUUCUGUCUGAAGUACAGGAAAAGCAGGAAGUGCCUGGAGCGGCACCUCUCAAAGUGUAAUCUGAGACAUCCACCAGGGAAUGAGAUCUACCGCAAGCACACCAUUUCUUUCUUCGAAAUCGACGGUCGCAAGAACAAGGUGUAUGCCCAGAACUUGUGCCUGCUGGCGAAACUCUUUCUGGACCACAAGACACUUUAUUAUGACACGGAUCCGUUCCUUUUUUACGUAAUGACCGAGUUCGACUCGCGCGGAUUUCACAUUGUGGGAUAUUUCUCCAAGGAGAAGGAAAGCACCGAGGACUACAACGUGGCCUGUAUCCUCACAAUGCCUCCGUAUCAGCGCAAGGGCUACGGCAAACUGCUUAUCGAAUUCAGCUACGAGCUAUCCAAGUUUGAGGGCAAAACAGGCUCGCCGGAGAAACCGUUGUCGGAUCUGGGCCUGCUAUCUUAUCGAUCCUACUGGGCGCAAACCAUACUUGAGAUUUUCAUUAGUCAAAACCCCAGCACUGACGGCGAGAAGCCCACCAUAACAAUAAACGAUAUCUGUGAAUGUACGUCUAUAAAGAAGGAAGACGUGAUCUCCACGCUGCAGAAUCUGAACCUGAUAAACUAUUACAAGGGGCAGUACAUCGUGUGCAUCAACCGGGACACAAUUGAGCAACACCGGCGAGCGAUGGACAAGCGCAAGAUCCGCAUCGACUCCAAGUGCCUCCACUGGACGGCCAAAGACUGGUCCAAGCGCUCAAAAUGAAUGCCUCUGCCAUCCUCGGGUGAACGUAGAAUCGUUUUAGAUCUUAGAUUUUAUUCGCAGUUAUCCGUUUUUAAUGAUUAAACUGGAUUAUUUCCCAAAAUAUAUUUACAUUGGAGACGA